AUGCACUUAUCAUCUUUGUGGCUCCUUCUAGUGGCGUUUGUCGCAAGGGUCGCCGCAGACGUUUCCAUAUCCACACCAAAAUCUGGUAGUUCCUUCGAUGCCUCCGGUGGCUCUGCAACAGUCACUGUAAAUUGGGGCGACGACACUGACGACUCAGACUCGUCCACGUCGUUGGAUAAGGUCACCAAGUACGCCAUCGUUCUCUGCACGGGAUCCAACUCACAGAUCAAACCUGUCAAGUCACUUACAACCUCAUUGCCUAAAGGUUCAACCUCGUAUGAGGCCGACAUAUCCAACUCUUUGGGUCCUAACGGUGAGUACUUCAUCCAGGUCUAUGCACAGUUUUCUUCAGCGAACUCUUUCACCAUCCACUAUACCAACCGUUUUCAAUUGACGGGAAUGACGGGUGCGACAUCCGAUUUCACCUUCAGCCCUGCGUUGUUCAGUGUUACCGGAGAAGCACCAACUCCCCAGAUCGCUGUAGGUGAUGGUACCGCUGUCUCAGUGAACUCGGCAUCCUUCACCGUUCCAUACACUUUGCAGACUGGAAGAACAAGAUAUGCUCCAAUGCAGUUGCAGCCAGGUACCUCAGUGUCAUUAACGGCAUACUCCACCAGACACGCUACCUCGGCUUACACGCCAUACACUUCGCUCAGCCCUUCGCCCAACGUUUACUCGACCAUCACCCCUGGCUGGAGUUAUACUGUGACCUCGAAGUUCAACUCAGCAACCGUGGCUGCAUACCCAACGUACUAUUACCCAGCAUCGUCCAGGGUGCAGCAGGCCAGCUUGAGUGCGGCUAACAAGAGACGCUGGCUCGAUUAG